AAGGCUCAACACUUAGACAUCACAUUUAAGUUAACUUUCUAAAGAUAAAGUAAAAAAAAACAUUUAUCUGACUUAUUGUGACUUCAAAUCACAAGAUACUUACUGAACAGCUCAGCGCCAGAAACGGUGACGUUUUACAAAGAGUCGACAAAAAGGUUUGAUUUUAAUAUUUCAUCCAUUAGCUUUGCUAUUUGUGAUGUUCAGUUAUGAAAAGGAAGAUGAUACACGUGUGUUGAUAAUCGUUUCAAUCUAUUGCAAGAUAUUUAAAUUAAGUCAUUUUAAAAGAAUUUAUUUUGCCGUAGAAGAUAAAAUUUAAUACCGGUACAGAGAUAGACAGACUAUGGGAUUUUUUUUUAUACUUUUCUCUUUAUAACCAUUUACAGUCUAGAUUUAUAUGUGAAAUUCGUGGUGACAAUUUGCUGUACUCGAAAAAGUCGAAAUGGGCCUUGCCUCUUAACCAGCCCCGCCACCAAACUCCAUACGUGUAUGUACAAGAUCUAGAAUUAUGUCACUUUGAUUGGCCCAAACUGUCACGACCUCACAGACACGUGGAACCACUGGUUAAAACAACCAAAAAACAUUCUUAUAGACCGGCGUGGGUCUUUGUGUCAGGUAUAUAUGUGUAGAUGGUCAGGCAAUGAUGUGACAUAUACACUGAUCUCUGAUCCCAAGCACAGAGAUCCAUUUUACGUACAGAGUCAGUAGUUCAAUUCUUUUUUAGGUAAGUACAUGUACGUAGACAAUGUUUGAUCUACUACUCUAGAUCUCAUGACAUUGACAGAAUAGCUACGUUUAAAUGUAAAAAAACUUGUAAAAUGUCUACCUGGCAAACGUUUUUAUUUCAAAGGAAACGAUUCAGAAGGAAUUUCAGUGAUUUUUUGGUGAUAUAUAUAUGUAUACCAUUUAAAAAAAAUGUAUAUGUCAUUACUUUUUACUUUUGUUACAGAUGAAUUCACAUUUGACCUUUACACCGUGUCGCAGCCUUGACUUUGAUACUGAUGAGGUCAAAUCCCUGAUGACCCCGGAAGUGAAGAAGGACCUCCGUCAGCUCUUUGAUGAUGAGGACUCGGGACUUGGGAUGGAUGAUUGGAUGGUCGCUCCUGUAAGCAAGCAGACAGAUGAGUUAUCACCCUUUAAUCUUAAUGCGAUCUUGAACUUUGAAGAAUGCAAUGGGAAGUUCCAGAUCAGAAAGAAACAAUUAUCUGAACAGGGCAUAGGAGUCACACGAUCUAUCGUUUCGGGCAAGCGUCAACGAGAUGGAGAUGAGGAUUCCUCAACUCCAGUUUCCAAAUCACAGAGGAGGGGCGAGGCUGUGUUCAGGAGCUCUCUGUCGUUUGAGGACUGGUCUAUGACGUCACUAGAAAGGAGAGCCAAUGACGUGAAGGCUGUUGUUAACCGUUUGGUAGAGGAGGAGGAUUUGGUAGGGGACGGGACCGACACGUUUUGUCUGCCGACCAUCAAAGGCAGACACCAGGACCUCAAGUCCAUCUCGGCGAAUACGAUGGUUGACCUUUUAACUGGACGGUAUGAUGACGUCAUCGAGAGUUACCACGUCAUUGACUGCAGAUAUCCGUACGAAUUCAACGGAGGUCAUAUUAAGCACGCGGAGAAUAAGUACACACGUGACCAGAUGCAGCAGCUGCUCAACGAGAGACGGAGUUGUGACGUCACUAGAAAGAGAAACAUCCUCAUCUUCCACUGUGAAUUUUCUUCGGAAAGGGGACCCAAAAUGAUGCGGUUCUUGAGGACCCAAGACCGUGCCCAGAACGAGGCUAACUACCCGACAUUGAUCUACCCCGAGGUAUACCUCUUGGACGGCGGAUAUAAGGCGUUCUUCCACACAGACAAGACUUUUUGCCAUCCGAUGGAGUACAAACCAAUGCUGCAUCAAGGUCAUGGUGAUGAAUUGCGUCACUUCCGUGCACGAUCUAAAUCAUGGACAGCUGGUGAAAAACAGAAGAAAACGAACUCCCGACUCCGCUUCUAAACAAUGCAAACAACUCCACAUAUUACAGGGUGCCAGAUACAUUUAAUAGUCAUUCAUGAAUUGGACACAAGGUUUGUGUAUGGAAACCAAGCCUAGACAUUAGAAAGAACAAGAGCCGGAAGUGAGGAACCGGAAAUCGAUAAUCAUCCAUCGAACAACAGGAUGUGUAUGCUACAUUAUAAUCAAUGUGAUAUUAAUGUACAGUGUUAAGGUUAAUCGUUUUGUGUGGUUGGCCGUCGUUGUAUAUGUGGAAACAUGGGACACAUUUACAGGCUAUGGUGAAGAAGUGCUAGGUACUUAAAGUGCUAUUUAUUAUUGUAUACGAGUCUAAUACGCUGUGUAUGUUGUUAGGUUUUGACUUGUAAAUUGAUGCCGUAUCAUGUAGUAUGAAUAAAAUAUUUUUGU